AUGGGCUCUGCUGCUUCCAAGCCAGCUAAAUCAGCGGCAUCCGCUGCCGCCCGCCGCCAGUAUCCCAAGAAGUCAGCUCCUCCACCCACGGGACAGCGCAAAGCUCCAAAGGAAACAAAAACCGCACCCAAGCCGGAGCCUGCUAGUGCAGCGCCCAAUCUUGAAUACACACCCACAACUCGUCGCGCACCCAUGGCUUCUCCUCAAGGGCCGACAUAUCACUCCAAGGAGCCAGCCUCUAGCGUGAAGUCAGAUGCCAUCGACAUGGAUGGCCGAGACCCCGACUUCGCCGCCUCCCUCCGCUCAAUCGGCCCCGUAAAUCCCAAUCCAACCUACUCAAACUCCAGCACCUUCAGCAGCCUCGGCUCAAUGCAAACGAUCUUCCCCCAAUCCUCAAAUCCAGCCCUGCUGGUUGUGAACGCCCGCCAAAGACUUAACAAACUCGCGGAAGAGGAGACCGAGUCGUAUGGUGUUGCCGGCCAUCCUGGGCGACAGUUCCUUGAUGCGCUGACCAUUCAGCAAAUCUUGACGAUGCGUGAUAAGCAGGGUAUUCCUCGGAGGCAAAUUGAGAAGUUCUUGGGUCUUAAGACUGGGGUUGUUGAUCGGUUAGGAAAGGAUUCGAUUGUGUCGCGCAUUGCAUAA